AUGGAGAGGUGUUCUUCGGUCCUAAACAUGGGUAAUGGAAUCGCUCUCAGGAGGCAACCCAUCUGGAGGGAACAUUUAAACACCUUGCUGAAACGGCGGGCGCCAUCCGUCUCUAAGCUUGUGCACGCACAACAACCAACAGACACCAAGAUCAGCGAAGAAGCAACGACGGAGUCGGAGAUUCUGGUCUGUACCCAUAAAAUGAAGAAUGGAAAGGCUGGCGGAGACGAUGGAAUUAGCGCGGAAGUGCUGAUAUCUCUUCAUCCUUCUGGGAUUCGUGAGAUGACGAAGAUCAACCAUUCAAUAUGGAAUGACGAAAGACAAGAAGUUAUCCGUCACGGAAUCCAGCAGGUAUUGAGAAAUAUCACUGCUGACUGUAAUGUACAAGGUGUUAGAGCGAAUCAUGCUGGAUCAGCUAACCAAUCCCCGCGAGGAAACUAG